CGUCCUCCCCGCUACGCGACUGCGAACACCGCGCCGCGUCCGCGUCAUUGAACAACAAGACUCGCUCGAUGGCAGGCGUUUUCCUGCCAAUAUGAAAACAGUUAAGCAACUCUAUCAUAAAAUACGCGAUAGUGGAAUUUCUAUGUUAUUCUUAUUUUAUAAAUAAUUUAUUUUUAUAGUGUUAUUACAUUGAAAAUCAUAUUUUUAUUUGUUAGUGAAUGAAACCUAGAUAAUUAUUGUAAAACGGGUGUUGUAUUCUCCGUACAGUGCUCUGUGAUUGUUUUGUUUAAAUAUUUUAAACUUCGGUAAAAAAAAUACGUUUAUCAGUGAUAGUGUGGGUUAACAAUGAAGUUAUAAUGCAAUCGAGUGAUCAUCGUAUUUACUAGCUACUCGUCGACUGAGGUGUUUUUGGAUUCAUUGACACAACCAACUCUACACUGUCAUCUAUAGGUGGAAAACCUACAAGAAUUGUGGACGACACUGAUUCAAAUAUGUGUUGUGAUUUGCAGAUGCUCUCGGUUCAAGUGCCGGGGUGCGCGGGCAUGGAGCGGCUGGGCGCGCCGGGGGGACCGCGCCUGCGGCACGACCACAGACAUCACCAUUCUUCAUUGGAAUGGGAGAAACAGCAAAGGUUGCAAGCAAUGGUGGGGCGUAUCCAGGAGAUGGUGGAGCAAGAGACGCGCGCGAGGUCCGCCGCCGCGGCCGAACGGCUCGGCCUGCCACCCAGUAUACAGUUGCCCGACGGCGAAUACGGACAGGACGCUCACCUACAGUUACGAGUCCCUUAUCAGCAAGCCGAGCUGACGACAAGCAGCUUUCAGCCUCCGCCCAACAAGUGCGUGAGCGACGUCCCGGAGUGGGCGGGCGCGGCGGAGGCAGGAGUGCGAGGUGCACGAGGAGGCGGCGGUGGCGGCGGCGGGGGGGCGGGCGCGGGUGCAGGCAAAAAGGACGGUCUGCUGCAGAAGGCGACGAGGUGGUGGGUGCGCAUGGGCACGCGGCCCCCGCCCCCGUUCCUCGCGGCGCCCGCACCGCCCCCGUGCGUGAUGGUGCCGCGCCGCGCGCCGCCCUCGCCGCCGCCGCCGCCCGACGCGUGACCGAGCCGCGCGUACCACACCACGCUUACAUUCCAUUGUCGGGACGAUGACGCGGGCCGCGUCGGGCGGCGCGUGAGGCUGCGGCCGCGUCGCGUCCUUCGCGCCGUCUGAUUUUCGCGAACGCUAAGACUGAAACGAGACGGACGAUGAGCUCCGGAGUCCCCAUAGGAGCGCGCCGUCGCCACGGGUGGGAUCGAAACGGACGGACCCCGAACGGUCCGUCCGUAUGAACUCUCGAUUGUGACCCGCGACGACGUUGUACGCUAUGAGAAAGGUCGGUCGACGUCGAGCCGACGUCUCGCAGUGUACUGUUUCAUGUUGACGUGACCCGUUUGAAGUUUAAUUUCUACCCGGCAGCUGUAUAUAAAGUCUGUGUUUAAACAACUUUUAUAUUUAUUUGUAGCCGCGAUGUGUGCGGAGGGAUGCAUAUCAAUACGGUAAACGCGAGGAAUGUUAAUUUACUAUGCAUAGUUAAUUUACUAUUUAAUUGUAAAUAUUAGGUUAAUAAUGGACGAACGCCGAAUCCGAGGGUCUUUUCGAUUGAGUGUUUGCUACAUUCCAUAUUUAUGUUGAAAUAUUCUCGAUACUACUCACUGUACACGCCGCUUGUCGCCUGCAAUAGUGGUCCUUCUCGCCUCACUACAGAACUCACUUGUAUUCCGCGGACGUAUUGUCGCGUAUUGUGUCGACAAUAAUGACUAGUGAGUGAUAUUAGAAUGCAAUUAAAUAGAAAUCUCAUUAGGGAAUAGACGUUGUUUAAAUUAAAGCAUCGGUUGACUUAAUUUUAAAUUAGGUACUUAUCUAUUUAUUAUUUAUGUUAUGAUAAAACCACGUAUUCAUUUUGCAAUCAUUGUUGCACACAAGUGCCUAACAAAUACUCUGUGAUGUUUCGCAGAUUCUAUAUUGGCGAUAUACCAACACAAUUGUAUAAGGCCUUCGCUAAACUUAACUGCCACAACAAAUCACUAGUGCAACGUUGUAUAAUGAAUACGAGGUUAAAUUUAAGCACACAUUGUGCAUUAUUUGUUGAAGGUUCACUAUAAAUCAGCAUAUAUACAUAUAUUAUAAUGAAAAAUGCACAAUGUGUGUUACCAAAGUAAAGAACUGAGAGAUUAUUCGUCGAUAGCCACGUCUGGACUAUGUUUGUAUUAUAGCGUCCAUCAUGCCAUCUGAUGAUGUGAAAAAUCGGUUCAAUAUUUUACAGAAAUUUUAUUUAAUAGUGAAUAUCCAUAAGUCACGUACCUACCUAGUCUAUCAUUCUAAAUUAUUUCAAAACUUGCAAUGUUAUGACGUAAUUUAUGGAUAAAUAUAAAAAAAAAAUAUAGUGACUGACUAGAAAAUAAAAAAUAUAUAUAUAUGUUAAACUAGAAAAUUGAAAUAUAUAUAUAUUAAAUCGCCUGCUUAAAACUACUAUAAUAAAAUAAAGAAACUUUAAAUAAAGUAUCAUUCCUAUUUUUUUUUUCUAAUUUAUUUUUUAGCCAUAAUUUCAUAUUCUAGUGUUCUUUCCUCUGAAAUAUUUCUAUUAAUUACCAACUAAGGAUAAUGAUGACGAGGAUAAUAAUCAUAAUGGUUUUAUUGUACCUACUGAUGUAUCCAUAUGACAAAUAUAUUUUUUGUUAGUUUGUAUAAAUUGUAUCUCGAUAUGACAAUAAAUAAUAAUGAAAUGUCACAUGUAGCCUCGUUUAUAUGUUCCGUGAAAAUUUGAUGUUUUUCUUUGUAUAAAAUUGUUAUAUUUUAAGCAAAUUAAGUGUCCAGACGAGGCUAUUCAUGCCAAUAUUAGGACUGAACUAUGCCAUUCAUUGUUCGAAGUAUAGAAUUUAUAUAAUUUGAAAAUAUUAUAAAGAGUCAAUUUUUUACAGAAUAAUAAUACUGCUCCAUCCAACUGUAGGCAGAUUUGUGUUAAGAUUUUGUUCAACUUUUAUACAGUUGUCAUUUAGUUUCAUGGUUAAGCUAUCCAGUGUAAUAACAAUAUCUAGCGACUUCCAUACGCAGUCAGUAUCUUCAACACCUGCAUAGCAACACCCCACACUAUUCACAUGUUCAGACGCAGCCUGACAAAUCUCAAAAUCACCAAUCUAAAUGUGUUUAUCUCAUACAGUUUAGUCCUACAGUGAAUUUGCGCAGUUGGUGCACAGCAGGUGGUCUUGCAGAUUCUAAAUGGGUGUGGAAAUUGCCAGAUAUCGUAGUGUCACAGUUAUAGCAAUGGACUACUGCAAGAUAACGCCUGAUUCUAUUAAAUACUAUCCCUUGUCAGCUUAUCUAUGGAUAGCCACCCAUAUGUAGGCUCAAAUAAUAUUGAGUUGUGCUAUAUUUAUUAAAGAGUAUGUUUAUUGUCUCUCUGACGUUCGAGACAAAUUAGAUAAAAAAAAUCAGUACUUGUUCAUAAUGAUGACAGAAUAUAAAAGUUGUUUAAAGUAGUUUCACAGAAUAGAUUUAUAAUCUAGACGCAAACAAUAUUCCAUUUGUCAUAUAAAUAAGUAAACGCAGAAGCAAAUGUUUAAUAAUAAAAAAACUGCAUUAAAUUAUGACCUACCAAUAAUGAAAACAUG